UUUAGCUUUUUGAGGAUAUGUUGGCGGCUGGCUAGCUUCUCAUUAGGUUCGCGUCGCGAAACGUUUUGUCCCUCGUUUGUCUCCGUAGGUCUGAGCUCGGUUGCCGGGAAACCGCGGAAGGUUUGCGCUCAGCACGGGAGCGAUGGAGAAGUACGAGAAAAUCCAAGUUGUCGGAAGAGGAGCUUUCGGAAUUGUUCACCUGUGCCGCAGGCGCAGCGACGAUGCUUUGGUCAUCCUGAAGGAGAUCCCCGUCGAGCAGAUGUCACGGGACGAACGCCUGGCUGCCAAAAACGAGUGUCAAGUGCUGAAACUGCUCAACCAUCCAAAUAUCAUAGAGUACUAUGAAAACUUCCUGGAAGACAAGUCCCUCAUGGUGGCGAUGGAGUACGCACCAGGUGGGACUCUGGCUGAGUACAUCCAGAAGCGCUAUAACUCCCUCCUGGACGAGGACACCAUCCUUCACUUCUUCGUGCAGAUCCUGCUCGCCCUCUACCACGUGCACAACAAGCUCAUCCUGCACCGCGACCUCAAGACGCAGAACAUCCUGCUCGACAAGCACCAGAUGGUCGUCAAAAUCGGCGACUUCGGCAUUUCCAAAAUCCUCGUCAGCAAGAGCAAAGCGUACACGGUGGUCGGCACGCCGUGCUACAUCUCCCCGGAGCUGUGCGAGGGGAAGCCGUACAACCAGAAGAGCGACAUCUGGGCUUUGGGCUGCGUGCUGUACGAGCUGGCCAGCCUCAAGAGAGCCUUCGAAGCUGCUAAUCUACCCGCCCUCAUUCUGAAGAUCAUGAGCGGAACCUUUGCCCCGAUAUCGGACCGGUACAGCCCAGAACUGCGGCAGCUGGUCCUCACCAUGCUCAACCUGGAUCCCUCCAAACGGCCUCAGCUCAACGAAAUCAUGGCUCUGCCCAUCUGCAUCAGGCCCCUCUUCAACCUCUACACCGACGUCGGCAGCGUGAAAAUGCGCAGAAUAGAGAAACCUCUGUCCACCGGUGCUCCAGGCAGACCAGGAGCCAGAGUUCCUGUCAGAACACGAGACGGAUCAGCUGGUUUAGGGUCAGGAAAGCUGCACGCCCUCCCGCUGUCCUCCGUCUACACGUGGGGGAGCGGCAUCACGGCGCCUCUUCGCCUGCCGAUGCUCAACACCGAGGUGCUGCAGGUGUCUCUGGGCCGCACGCAGAAGAUGGGCGUCACCAAGUCCGGCCGUCUGAUAAUAUGGGAGGCUCCAUCAGUGGUGUCUGGUGAGUCCAGUCUUCCCGGUGCGGUGGACCAGAUGCAGCCACCGUUCGUUUCCCGCUUCCUCGAGGGUCAGUCCGGCGUCACCAUCAAGUCCGUGUCCUGCGGCGAUCUCUUCACCACCUGCAUGACAGACAGGGGCAUCAUCAUGACGUUUGGGAGCGGGAGCAACGGCUGUCUGGGACACGGGAACUUCAAUGACGUGACGCAACCCAAGAUAGUGGAGGCUCUCCUGGGCUACGAGUUGGUCCAGGUGUCCUGUGGAGCGUCCCACGUCCUCGCUGUGACCAAUGAGAGGGAAGUGUUCGCGUGGGGAAGAGGAGACAACGGCCGCCUCGGUUUAGGCACCCAGGACACCCACAACUGUCCACAGCAGGUGUGUUUACCUGCGGAGUUCGAGGCCCAGAGGGUGGUGUGUGGCGUCGACUGCUCCAUGGUCAUCAGCAGCCGAGGCUGCAUCAUGGCCUGUGGAAGCAACAGGUUCAACAAACUGGGUUUGGAUAAAAUCCCAGCAGCAGAUGAACCAGAUGCUGCCAAUCAGGUGGAAGAAGUUCAUUCUUUCUCUCCGGUCCAAUCAGCGCCGCUCAACACUGACAGGAUUGUUUACAUCGACAUUGGAACGGCUCAUUCUGUAGCUGUUACAGAAGCUGGACGCUGUUUUACAUUCGGCAGCAACCAGCAUGGUCAGAUGGGCUACAGCUCGCGGCGGAGCAGCCGCGUGCCGUACGCUCUUCCUGGUCUGCAGGACAUCACCGCCGCCGCCUGCGGAGACGCCUUCACGCUGGCCGUGGGAUCGAAAGGGGAGGUCUACACGUGGGGCAAGGGGGCUCGCGGCCGCCUCGGCAGGAAGGAGGUGGACUGCGUGAAACCGAACCCGGUGCAGCUCGACGAGAACCACCAGUUCGCGGUGACAUCGGUGGCUUGUUGUCACGGCAACACCCUGCUGGCAGUGAAACCUCUGUUCGAGGAGCCUCUUUCCAGAUGAUUUCUGUGCCGCUGCCCUGAAGCCCAGCGGGAGGUCACAGCCCGUCUGCAGCUGCAGGUGUGUUUCACAGGAAACGUGCUGAAGAGGAAUGUUGCCGCACUGAUACUGAAGCAGGAUUACAGCAGCUCAUUAGGCGGCGAGGCCUUUGUCCUUCACAAGCAGCGUUCGUUCGCCCAACAAACCCAGAGAAAGUCAAACAGGUUUUCACGUCCUUUAAAGACCGGGAGACAAAAAGAAGGAAGUUGAGUCAUUAAUCUUAAUCACAGCAUCACUUUGUGUAUUUUUUAUUGGAUUAACAACACAGCUGCGGCGUUCGGACCAAAUAACGAGGGGGGGUGUUCAGGGUCGGGUCGGACCAGACCUUCCCCUCCCCCCUCUUUUCUUUUCUGCUCAAACUGUAGAGAGCAGAAAAUCACACGUUACCCUCCGUGGAGACGGAACAUGAUUUUCACACUUUGGACUAAAAAAAAAACCGAUGAACAACAAAUAAAGUGUUGAACAGGAA